AAGUUGGGUCUCUCUCUCUCUCUCUCUCUCUCUCAAGAACAAGACCAAGAUCUUUCCAGCCUCCAGUGUUAUCAUUUGGCAUCUUCGAGGAGUGGGCGGUUCGUAAUUUGCAAGAUGGCAUGUUAGUGAGGGAGGCGCCAUGGAGGUCACCUUCUUCAACAUCCUGGAUAUCGUGUCUGAAAAGGUGAACGACAGCGCCGCCCAUGUGUUGGAGAGCGUCGAGGAUGCAAACCUGAAGGCAAAGUACCUGAAGCAAUUGGAGGAGGUACUGGUGAGCUGUGUCACUGUCCAGCACAAGGUGGCCAUCACACGCCAGGCCGUGAAGGAGACUGUCACCCGAGCCAAGGACGAGGAGACCAAGGAGCCUGAUGCAGAUCUCUAUGACGAUUUACUUGAAGAAAGCAUUGGAGAACUGGAGAUAGACUCUCCCCUUGAGGAAGCAAUAGCACAAGCUGCAAGUCUCAAGUCCUUCAAGGAUCUACUCAAGCAAAAUAAUGUGGCAACAAACUCAGAUGGGGACUUGGUUCCCACAGAGUUCAUCAGCACCUUCAUUGACCCCAUCAGCAAGAAGAGGAUGACAGAUCCAGUGAGAAAUAAGAUUUGUAAUCAUAUAUAUGACAGAAGCUCCAUCACCAGCAUGAUUUCAAGGUCUAAACACACAUUCAAAUGUCCUGCCAUUGGGUGUGGUAACCGUAAUCCCAUGAAGCUGUCUGACCUGAAGGAAGCACCUGAUGUGAAGAGACAGCUAACCCUCCAACAGAAAAGACAGUGACGGAAUGCACAAACAGAACCUCAUCUCACCCUGCCUGACCUGUGCACCACGUAGACUCGCCAUUCCUGCGCCUGCUGUAGUGUUAGCACCCCUAAGCAUAGCAAGGUAAAGGGAUGCAUUCCAAAACUUGUCACUACAUCUCUUACAUUUAACAGGCUCUAGUGGAAGUCAUUGGGGGGUUUUCAGGGUUAUACUCCUAAGCAUUUCAUUACAUCUUUUACAUUUAGCAGGCUGUAGUGGAAGUUAUUGGGUUUUCAGGCAUGUGUUCCAAAGAAUUUCCUAUUUUUCAUAUAUUUAACAGCCUCCAGUAGAAGUUGUUGAGCUUUUCAGAGUUGUGUUCCUUAGCAUUGCAUUUUUUUUUUUUUUUUCAUAUAUGUAUAAUAUUUUCUUUUUAACUGUUUCACACUUCUGCCAGUAGAUGGCAUUGGUGCAUUGUUGACAUUUUCCCUUCAGCCAAUACCAGGAGCUUUUUACAUACAAGCUCUAAGGACAUUAGCCAAUCACCAGCUAGUAAAAAUAAAUGCUGCAUCACAAUCACAUGAUACAAGAGACAGCAGUGUCAGUGGAGCCCAAGAGAUGAAUUAUAGUUAUAGUGAGGAAGAAAUGGUUGUCAUAAUGUGAGAAGUACUUGAGAGGAGGAGUGUAGUAAUGGGGAAGCUGGAUGACAUUAGAGGCACCAAGGAAACCAAGAAACCAAGCCGACUGAAGCCCUCCAUAGUGUCACCAAAGCCUGGAGGACUGAGGAAGUGAAAAUAAAUUUUAUGACUGUUCCAUUGUAAAGAAGAAAACUGGAGAUGCAAGACAGGAAAUGAGCAGAACAGGUGAGCCUACCACUGUGUGUAGGCAGGUGAAAGGAAAUUUGAUGAUGUAUUAAAGUUGCUCUUAUGGGUUGUUGGUCUGUUUUUUGUAAUGGCAACAAUAACAAGUUAAGCAUGACCACACUGUGCAUAAUGUGAUGAACAGAUGCCUUGUGUAUUGUGACCUAACAUACCUAACAAUAGGGUGCUGACCUGACCAAAGAAAAAUAAUGUUAGUGCUGGGGUUAACAUGUAACUACAGUACUUUGUGUAUAUCAACAAUAUAGGAAUAGAUACUACAGUAACAUUAUUGUGAUGGAGUUAUACUUUAUGUUAUGAGUAUGGUAGAUUAAGUGGCAUUAACUUGGUCACACUUGGCAAAAUGUGUGAUGUUGGAAAAAAAAAUCAUGUACAUGUCCUUUGUUCAAAAGUGAAAAAAUUAAAUUUAGAAAUAUUUAUCUGAUAAUUGGGAUAUGUUCUUAACAGUGUAUUAUGUAAAAUCUUUAAAUUCUUAGGAGAGUGGCAUAAACAAUAAUCAUAUGUAUUUCACUUAAAAAAGUAAAAAAAGACAUGUAAAAAAUACACUUUUUAGUUGGUAGAUACCCUGUAUAUCAGUAUUCUUUUUCUCCUAUUAAUUGAUUGAAUUGUCUGUAACCCUAGAGUAAAAUUUUUAAUUGCAAUUUUUUUUUUUUUACAGGUACAGAACUGUUCAAAACAUGAAAAAUUUCAAUUUUAAAAUUUUUAACUGAUAACUGGGAUAUGUCAUUACCUUAAAGAAGAACCAAUGUACAUAUGUAAAAUAUUAUUUACAGUUCUUAGGAGAGCAGUAUAAACAAUAAUCAUGUUUCUCUUAAAAAAAAUACAAAUACACAAAGCACACAUUUCUGAAUGAUGUAUACCUCUUACAUCAAUAUUCUUUUCUGCUAUUCAUGAUUUAAUUAUCUGUAACCUUAGAGGAAAAUCUUUAAUUGCAAAAUUUUUCUAUUUUUUGUUAAGUGAAAAAAAAAGUUCAAUAAAAAUUUUUUAUCUGGUAA